AUGACUCCAUAUGUCGCAAAGGGCUCUUUCCAGUGGCGUGAGGCGGACGGUAAGGCGCGACACUGGUCAGUGAAUAAAACGACGACCAAAAGCUCACAAAACGUCUACCUUCUGGAUAUCGGCAAGCUGGUUGAAGCAUGUGGAGGACGAAGGCCAGAGUUCACAAAAGUUGGCGUCCUUAAUGAACUGCCUCCGAAACUUGCCACCAAUACAAUACGCACGGAAGAGUACAGUGAUCACUCCAAUAUGGACAUCAACGGCGAGAUCAGCAGAAGAAGGAAGGCAGCAUGGGCCAGUUUCAGUGACGUAAACGUAUCGCCGCUGGAUAACGAACUGUCCGUGCCGACGAAGAAAUAA